GCCAGGGGUAACCUCAGUGGGACAGCCAGGAUGUCCCUGAUUGGUGGAUUCAACAAUAAAAAGCCGGCAUUGAGAGCAAACACAAGUCGUGUACAAGUGGCUUCCCCUGUUCUUCAGGCAGCCGUACUGACAGCAUCAUGCCCUUGUCCUCUGUGCUGUGAACCAGGAACGCCUGCAAAUGUCAGUAUGAGAGGUUACAACUCUGAGAUGACAGUAAGCAACAAACACAGCCAGAAGGAGAGGAGAAGCUUUGACUGGAUUCAAUCCUCCAUCUACUUGGCUCGGUCUUUCUGUCACUCUGUGUCUGACUGACAAACGCUUCACUGGAUAAAGACUUAAUUGGCUCUGAACAGACAGACAGAACAAUAAACAACCAGAAUAAAUACAAAUGCAGUCAUGCCAGGGAAGAGAGUGGGAGAGAAGAUGAGCUAAGAACAGCAACCCUGUGGACACAAAAAACUGGAUGUAUUUUGUCUUUUCAUUUUUUUUUCCUCUUAAAAAUCUGGUUGGAAUAUUUCUUGAAGUAGGAUUCCAAUUCUAAAGUUCAUUUGGACAUAUGUUGUUUUUAUGCCAUGGAGUUUUUGACAAAAUUAUUGUUUUGCAGCACUGCAGUACUUUUAUCAUGAGAUUGUUCUCACUGCUCAUUAAAACAUAGGGAUUAUGGUUCAACAGGAAUUCUGAAUUUGACAUUUCUCCCUUUGUUUUAUUUUUCCAUGGCUCUGCCAGUGCCAGCUGCCGUGUGUCUUGCAUUUUCUAAAAGCAACAUUCUUCAGAUUUAGUUAAAUUAACGACUUCACAAUUCACGCUUCAAGCUUCACACGUGCCUCCCACCAACCCCUCCCACCGUCAGCCAUCCGACCUGUCAUGGGCAAACCUCUUAGCCGUCCCGGGUGUUUCAGGAAGAGCUCCUGCUGCCUGGAGAAACAUGGAGCUGGGGAUGGGGGAGUGGGACGGCGUGAUGGGGGAAUGGAAGGGGGAUACGGAGACGGCUACGUACCCCAGCGGUCCAUCUACGAUACUAUGUGCAUUAAUCAACAAAUAGACAGCCAUCACCACCACCACCACCACGGAGGGUCCAUACGGCGAGAUGAUGGAGGCGAAGGGAGUUUCAGCUACUCUGCAAGUGGCUCCCUCAGGGUUAGCAGGUCCCCAGCUGACAUGUUUGAUACACAGCCUCGCUCAUUAACACCGAACCCCUCGUUUGUGCGCCGUCUGGAUGAAAGGGCAAUCUAUGAUUCACUAAAACUUGAGGCUCAGGAUGCAGAUGGUGGUGGAUGCCAUUCACCAGGACGUUUCACCCGAUCAGUUUCUCCCUCUGUUUCCUCAUUCUCAGCGCCAGGAGUGUCCUCAUCAUCAUCGAAGAGACACCACCACCACCAUCAUCAUCAUCACCAUGGAGACAGCACGAAGAGCAGAGAUGGCCGACAUUCCUGGAAAGUUUUGACACCUCCAAAACACAUGGAGUGUUUGGAGCUUACUACAACUGAAAUGAUGGACAGAGGAGGGGGAUAUCUGAAUCCGGGGCACUACCCUCCCCCUGGGGGCCAGACCCCCUCUCUUACCUCCCCCCUCAUUUCCCCUUUCUCUGGCUCACCUCUCUCCUCAGGUUACCAUACUCCAGUCUUUUUCUCACCGGCCAAACCUCGUCCAAGUCAGAGUCAGAGUUUGCGCUGUUCCCCUCCGCACGUCAUCCAGCCGAGGCAUUACUCCCAAACCCAGAGCCUCAGGCUGUCCCCACCCCAGGAGCUUAGACGGUCCCCCUACCGAGCCCCGCUGGUCCAACUGUCUGCUCAUGACCUUGAGCAGGACCUGAGGGAUCGAGGAGGAUGGGGCCGGAGUGAGAGAGAGAGGGAGUGGGAGAGGGAAAGAGAGAGGGAGAUGGAGAGAGGAGUCUGA